GCAUAACAGUGCGACGGGCACUCACUCGUCCGGCACAGUCGGAACAGAGAAGUCAGUGGAUCGCAUCCUUCCCGAAAGCCCAGUCGGCGUGGUCCUCGUUCCGGAAUCUUAUCACAAACUGAGAAAAAUCCUCCGGAACCGACACAGUUCAUCGCCUCACCCGGCAUCGAUAUCUUCCGGUUAGUGUUCUGUGCUGGCGUUGAUAUCUCCGGGAUUUUCAGUGCUUCCGCCGGGUCUAGUGCCGAUUUCGAUGCGUUCAGGACGAGUACUCUAUCCCAGUGACACAAUCGACUAUUUUUAAGGAUAAUUGAACGAGUGUAGUGCGCUAAUUAAUCUUCUGUGAUCGAUGAAAUGUUACUAUGACGUGCUUCAACCGCACAAAAAACUAACAUGUUAUAAUAUUAAUGGUCGCGAUUGACUUGGACCGAGAUUUGUGAUUGGUGCGUGUGAAUUGUUACGUUCGAGUGAUUGGUUAAGGCCCUUUUUCAUUUAGAUUUUUAAGUGCGGUCCCAUCAUUGAGGGCAAUAUGAUCACGAUGGAGUGCCAGCCAGGGGGUCAUGGAGCACACCUGGGGCACUCCAUGAUGGUGGACCCCACGUCGGGGUCGAUGCAUCAUCAGGAGCAGGAGCACAAGAAAAAGCGAGACGGAGGCUCACAUGUUGGAUCUUCUUCAGGAGACGGUCAUGGGGGCGUCAAUCAGCUGGGCGGAGUGUUCGUUAACGGUAGGCCGCUGCCGGACGUUGUCAGGCAGAGGAUAGUCGAAUUGGCCCACAACGGAGUACGGCCCUGUGAUAUUUCAAGGCAGCUGAGGGUGUCCCACGGCUGCGUCUCCAAAAUCUUAUCAAGGACAAAUGUUUGUUGUUCCAGAUAUUACGAAACGGGUAGUUUUAAGGCAGGUGUGAUCGGCGGCUCCAAACCCAAAGUAGCAACACCCCCUGUAGUAGACGCCAUAGCCAACUACAAAAGAGAAAACCCAACGAUGUUCGCUUGGGAAAUCCGUGAUAGACUUUUAGCUGAAGGCAUUUGCUCUCAAGAUAACGUACCUAGUGUUUCAUCGAUAAAUAGGAUUGUAAGAAAUAAAGCGGCCGAAAAAGCGAAACAUGCACACCAAAUAGCGACCAGCGGAGGAACGACGUCUUCGUCAGGGGGUCCCGUCUCCGUUAUCGCACACGCACCUGCAACGCAACUUACGGAACCUCGCUCAGGAGCUUAUAGUAUAAACGGGAUCCUCGGCCUCCAGCACGACCCCAACGGGAACAGCAUCAAGAGGAAAAGGAUAGAGGAUCACGAUGAAAAUAGAGAUAUAAACGGACAUCCGGAGGAUGACCUGAAAAGACAGCGAUCGCAGUAUAAUGGAGACCAGCUUUAUUCAAAUCUGUGGUCGAGCAAGUGGAGCAUCAAAGACGAGCACAAACUCCUCUCGGAGCUGGGAGGCGCGGGCACAACGACGGGCCAGACGGGAUACUACGACACCCAUGGCGGCUUCCCCAGCGUGGGGGUGGCGAGCUCGGCGGCGGACAUCUACGACACCAUCAACACCAUGAGCCAAGCCACCUCGCAGAACCUCUACACGCCGCCCCUGGCGGGCUCUCUGGGGACCAGUUCAUUAACUCCAUUAGCACCUAUCACUAUGCAUGAGAUGAAACUAGAAUCCACUAGGAUAAUGGAUCCCGCAAUGUCCCCUUACCAUUCAGCCGAGACUAGCUCACCGUACAGUGGCGUGGUCGGUCUGGGGGCAGUGGUAGACGGGGCUUCCCCCGGUUUACCACUAGCCUUACCCUCCGAACCAGGAAGUCAGCCCACGUCCCAUACAGGGUCGCCCGAUCCCGCCGCAUUGACUGUGCUCCAGCCAUCCAAUGGCUCCAACCAGCAUUACUCGACCAUGUUGCCAAGCUUUGGCUAUUCCACAGGUACCACUGUGGUGCCAGGGACUGAUUACGCGUACAGUACGGCUUAUAGUCAGUACGGCACCGCUUACGGCACCUACGGCUACGGAAGUGCCUCCAGCGGGUUACUCAAUUCGCCGUACUACUAUACAAACAACGACGCCCCUGUGAACAACCACCUGAACUGCACAAGCUCGACUGAAAACGCUGAACAGAAUAGCCGCUCCCCUCUGGCGGCCACGAGAGCAAAUUCGCUGGCUUCAGCGAACUCUCCAACUGAAAGUGGAAGUGCGUGUCUGAAAGCGGAAAGCAUCUACAGCCACGAUUUGAAUCUGGGCUAAAUUCGAACCCUGCUAUGUUACAAAACCAGUGUGAAUGGUCGGAAAGUGUAUAAGUGUGUAGAUAUUUUAGUUUAAUCUAGUUAGAGAAACUGACUUAAUAAAUUUGAUUUGUUUUGUUUAGAGGCAGAGUACCCUAAAACGGCAAAUUGUGUAAUGUACAUUGGUCUCAGAAUACUACGAAGGAUGUUAUUAUUUAUUGCAUAAUCAUUUCACAAAUGUUUUUUAUUAUUAUUUCUACAAUAUAAUAUAUUUUAUAUAAUUAGUGAGUAAGACACACCAAAGAGAUGUUUUAAGGAUUAUGUUAAUGUCUGUGCACUUUAUCAUAUCAUGGCGUAACGUGCGACGAAUUUCCAGCGCAAGACAAGUUCAUCGCACGCUACCUUUGUGUAUAGUUUAUUUUAUUAGAGACAAGGAUUAUUUUGCACUACCGUCUACUACCUGGCAGAAUAAUUAAUCCCGAUCAAAGCAACAAGAAAAAUACCAGUAUCUGUCAACUAGUCAGAGAAGGAACGUACUUACUCAGAUGAAAUUUACUUGUGUUCUCUGCAGUUAGAAAUCGUCGAAUUUAAUGCAUAUUUACACGUCCUGAAAAUUUCAGUCCAUUGACACCAAUCGAUCAUUAUGUAAAAAUCUCGUUUCUUGCGAUCACUGGGCAAAUGUGCAUGAAAUUCGGAUUGAAGCGCUUGAUUAACCACAAAGUGAUUAGUCAAGGGAUGAUUACGUAAAGUAUUAUUUUAAAAAAUGAAGUAAUUUAUUAUAUUUUGUAAAAUGUGUAAUAAUAUACCAAAGACGCAGCACACUUAUCAACGCUGUUACGGUAUUGUUAAGUAUUGUAUUGUAAAAUGUGAUAGGCCCACAUAUUUCAGGCCCCGUCUUGCCCUUAAACCAACCCUGUCACAUUCACUCAUAGUUGUAGGCAGUUUAUAUUUAGAAAAAUAAAUGAAAUUAUCAAUUA